UCUUCAUGAGUUUAGUGUGUGACUGUCCUUCAUUUAGACAACUGGUAUAUCCAGAUUGCUCUUAAUUGCCGAGUUUUGUAAGAUUAUUAGUUCUGAUGGUAGUAGAAUACUAGAUCUCGUUUACAAUUUAAGGUUAUGUAAAAUUGUAGUUAGGUUGAGACGGUUUAUAUUAAUUCUAACCUUAACAUAACCACUCAACUUCAUUAAUUUUAAAUCGUAUUUUAGUUAAAAGAAAGUGCUCAGGCUUAUAUACAAUGCAGCCAUGGUGGUUACUUUCAUUGAGAAUCGGAGCCUUUGGGUUCCUAAAGGAAUUCCGUCCCGAAGAUCCUUAUAUUACACAGUACUUGGUGGGACCAAUCAUGAACCUAACUGAGCAUCAGGUGAACCAAGAAGUGUAUCCAAUUGCCACAUAUAUUGGUUUAAUCCAGAUUGUCUUCGUGUUUCUUCUGACAGACUUCCUGUGUUAUAAACCAGUUAUUGUCAUGAACGCUCUAAGUGGUGUAAUAUCUCAAGGCAUUCUCAUAUGGGGGAGAGGACUGCGAGCUAUGCAGGUCAUGGAAAUAUUUUAUGCAACAAUGACAGCUUGUGAAGUGGCAUAUUAUACGUACAUUUAUGCAAAAGUUGACAAGAACCAUUACCAGACAGUGACUAGUCACAUGAGAGCUGCAGCUCUGACAGGUCGCUUCACUUCUGCUACUACUUCCCAGAUUAUGCUGUCUCUCGGCAUCCUCACAAUUGCUGACUUAAACCAUCUCACAUUUGUUGGAAUGUGUUGUGCUCUGCUGUGUGCCCUAACAUUGCCAUCUAUGGACUAUAGCCUCUACUUUCACAGAAAAACUGUGCAACAUCCAAUAGAACAGAAAGUAGUAGCAGAACAUCCCCAGAAUAAAGAAAAUUGCAGUGAAGAAUCUUCCAGAUUAAACCAAAACCAUAACAGCUAUACCAAUACUCAUUCAGAGUUAGAAAAUGGUGGUGACAGCCAAUGUGCCAAAAAGAUCUUGCCUGAUUUUCCCACAUCUGUACAAAAAGAUGAUACUGCUCUAGCCGCAGCACCUACAUCAAAAUGGAAACAAGUUGUACAGUUAUUGUGGAUGGACUUCAGAGAUGCGUACACUAAUCCUUAUGUGUUCAAGAUGUGUGUAUUCAUAUCUUUGGCAACCUGUGGAUAUAAUCAGAUGAUGACGUAUGUACAAAUUCUGUGGGUUAAAAUUGGAGGGAAACAGCAAGAAGCCUUCAAUGGAGGCGUGGAAGCAAUAUACACCAUCAUUAGUGCAGUGUCAGCGUUAGCAUUUGGCCAAGUAAAGGGUGACUGGAGUAGGUAUGGCGAAGCUGUGAUAGGCCUGCUGUCAGUGCUACAAGGUGCUUUGCUGCUCCUGAGCUCAUUCACUGACUCCAUGGUCAUAGCAUAUACAGUCUAUGUUGUCUUCGGCAUGCUCUACAAUGUAAUGAUGGUGUUGACAAAUUCAGAAGUGGCCAGACACUUGAAUCAAGACAGUUAUGCUCUCAUUUUUGGCAUGAACAGUUUUGUUGCCCUUAUCUUGCAAACCAUUCUUACAUUCGCAGUGGCUGGUUUGGGAGGACUGACGAUUCCCAUAAGACAUCAGUUUGUGGUAUACGGAGGAUAUUUUGCUGUUCUGGGAGGAGUAUAUACCAUCAAAUCUUGUUUUACAAUGUGGUCAUAUUAUCAUCUAGAUCAUUUACUCAGUUAGUAAGGCAUAAUAGAUGAUAUAGGAUGAGUUUUAAGCACACACCCCCUCAUCAGAACUCUGUUAUACAUUUCUCCAGAUAUUGAUACCAAGCUAUUGCUGACCAUUUUCUAAUAGUAUUUUGACAUUUUCAACUGCCAGCCUGGAUUAACCAUAUUAGAAGUAUUUUAUUUUUUUACCAUUAUUGUAGUGUUGUAACAUAAAAUUUCAGACUAUGUCUGCAAAAAAUGUUGUGUAAAAUGUGUAUCUUUUUUCACAAUAUAGGAAUUUUUUAGAACAUUGAAAACCAAUUUUCCUGUGUUGUUAUUUCUUUGAGGUUUUCCAAUCAAAUUUUGGAAAUGGAAAUGCUGUUGCUUUAAUUUGUAAAUCAUAUUAUAUUUUGUUAAUAUACUUACUGGACUUGAACAAAGUUAGCUAUGCACCUAAAUUAUAUGAGAAAAAUUAGUUAGUCAUAGUUUAACAGUUAGUUGUUAACAACUGUUUACUGAGGUUCAAUAAGAUUUGUUAUCUGAUCAAAUCUGAUUUGUUGAAUUCUUCAUGGAAAUAGUAGGGUUUUAAAUCAAAAGACAUUUUAAUACAAAGUGCUUUCACCGGUCAAGGCAUCAUCAACUAUCUUAUGAUUUUAAAGAUUUGUUUUACAUUAAUUGUAUUUUAAAUAAAUGUAUGCUAAGAAUGUUACAUACACAUUUGGAGUAUUAUUUUAAUAACUUAUAAUAGUUGAUUCACACAGUUAGCUUUCAGUUGUUUUAAAAGGUUUGUAAUAUUUUGAGAGGAAAAAAGAUAAAUAAAAACAAUAUCAGUAUCAGAAAAAAUUAUGAAAGAAAUAGAGGGGAGGGAACAUUUAAAGCUCACUCUAUAUGUGAUAAAUUAUACAAUUUUUGUAAACAACCUGAAACUGAACGUAAACCGUAUGUAAUCAAAUUUUAAUUCUGUACUAAUAGAAUUAAUUUAUAGAAAAUUAAAGUAAUUGUGAUACCAGUGCUAACAGAAAUGUGAUUCAAGCCAAUGCCAGUGAUCAGAAGAAAUAUUGGUACCAUCCCUCAUCCCAACAUAAACCUGUUCUUAAUCUUGUUUUGUUGACAGCUAAAAAGAUGUAACAAGAGAGUAUAGAAAAAGAGCACAUAGCAGGAUAAAGUAGGGAGUGUAAAGAUGUUUAUACUGAGUUUAACACCACUGGAGAUUCUGACACAGUGGACCUACUGAGAUCACUUGAUGAUGUAAGAAGAGAAAAACUGUUUUACAUUAGAAAACAUGAAGUUUACUAAUAUUGGUCCUUGCUAUGUAAACUCAUAACUGGCAAACACAUCAAUCAAACUCCUCCUGAACAAUCAGACCCAAAUGACACAGCCAAGUGAAUUGUAUGACUUACUAAAUCAAAGCAAUUGAAACUAGAUGAACCUGUUUUUUACAAGUUAAUGAAAUUAAAAGAUCGCAUCAAGCUCUCCUUUAAAUCUCCAGACUAUUCACUCACUAAGAGCUCGAUGCUGGGAUUUUACAAACAGGUAAAGCUCCAUGUACACAUGAAUAUUUGCAGAAUUUUAAAACAUUCAGGCCCUAAAGUAAAAGACUGGCUUCUUUGCCUACUUUUUGCCUAAAGUACUAAAUCCUUUCACUGCUAGACAAUUAUCUCAUAUCCAGUUCUGAAACUUCCAAGCCUUUUACCAAAGCUGUUUUAAAAUUAACAGUUUUACAAGUGAUGAUUCCAAACAUUUAGCAGGAGUUAACAUUUGUGUAUGUGUGGCUGUGUGCAUGUGCAUGCACUUACACACACUAAAUACUUCUUAUUAUCACGACAUUUCGUAAAUUACAGUUUGUGUGAUGGAUUGGUGUGGGAAAAUCUUAGUGUUUCAGCUAGUACGGUGUUGCUGAGUAAUAAAAUUAUGAAGUCCCUAAUUUUAAGAGGUGGGAGCAAGCUCAUAUCCACAGUUUAUUAAAUUUCUAAUCGGAAGGUGCAGAAUUAGUAUGAGCGUUAAUUAGUGACUGUCAAUAGUUUGCAUUGAUUACCGUUUAAGUAUUUCAUGUAUCAUCAUGGUCAUGUUCUUAUUCAGAUUUUAAUCUUUAAAAUUGUGUUAAUUAUGAAAAAUCUAGUGUUUGCAAACAUCUUAGUUGUUUAAGAUUUAAAAAUUUUAUAAAAAUUAAGGCUAUUCUUCAUGGGAAAUUAAGUUUCUUUAAAGUUGGGUUUAGCUUUAUAUACAGAUUAAUAUGGUUUUAACUGAGCUACUCUUUACAUAUGAGGCAUAAGUAAGAUAAAUUGUCAUGCCACUUAAAAUACCAUAUUGGUUAUUACAUUAACAAUAUUAUGUGUUUAGCUCCCACGUUAAAGUUACUCAGGUGUUGGCCACCAAGUGGGCCAGCUCUUGCUGCCUCUUAAGAGACAGUAUUUUAAUUAAGUAACUUGGGUUCAAUUUUGAUUUUUCUGUAAUAUAUUGCAUAGUGUGCAAUAGUCAUGGACACAUGACACAUUCCAUAGUGAUCUAUACCUUACAAUUGUAGGUUUUUAUUAGUAAAUAAGUAAUAUAAACACUGUUAUCAUCUGUAACUUUCAGGUUAUUAUUACAUUUUAUUGGUGUGUUUAUAAUUUUUAGUUCAGACCUACAGAAUGCCUAGUUGGUAUUUAAUGUUAUCUUUUAUUUAUCCAUAUCAGCCAUUGUACUGUGAUCUUAAAUGUGCCAAUUAUUAUGUUGUUUCCUAUAUGUGUAAGUAAGUACUAUUAAGGCCAAAUCCCAACAUUAAUACUAAUCUGAUUAAUUUAAGAAAUACUUAAAUCACACAUCAUUUAAUUUUAAAAUCAAGACAGUCUAAUGGAUUAAACAUGAGACGAUUAUCAUUUCCUUCUUGUACAUAAAUGUUUUGUUAAAAUUUAUUUGUUAUAUUAUUAUUGGUAUGAGUUACAUUUGUUUUGUCGUUUUGUUACUGAUUUUUCUGUUUUCUUUAAUUUCAACGUACUGGCAAGUGUAUAUAAUUAUGUGUUAUAUAUCAACAACAUGUAUAUAGUGUUGUUAAUUAUGUAUAAAGAAAUCUUUUUUGUAA